AUGAAUAAUAAAACUCAAAUUAAAGAUUAUAUUCGAACAAUUGAGAAUAACAAUGGAAUAGUUACUACCAACCUUUCUGAGAUUGCUAACGAACUAAACAAUUUUUUCAGCUCAGUUUUUACUAUUGAAGAUAAAAACCUCCCAGAGUUUCCAAAACAGUGCGAUGUUUUAUGCCCAAAUCCUACAUUCGAAAUUGAAACAGUUAGUAAGAAACUUGCAACUCUGAAUGUUUAUAAAUCAACUGGAGUAGACACAAUACACCCUAGAGUUUUAAAAGAAUGUUGCAAAAGUAUUUCAAAACCACUAUCAAUUAUAUGUGAUCGCUCAUUUUCGAGUGGCAUUGUUCCAUGUUUAUGGUUAUGUGCAAAUAUUGCCCCUCUGUUUAAAAAAAGAGAUAAACUAAAAGUAACAAAUUGUAGGCCGCUAUCACUCACAUCAAUAGUGUGCAAAGUGAUGGAAAGCAUAAUAAGAGACACACUAAUGAAUCAUCUGACUAAAAAUAGCAUACUCUCUGACUCUCAGCAUGGUUUUUCAUCAUCCAAAAGUUGUUGCAUAAAUUUACUUGAAACGUUUGAUAUAAUAAUUCAGGCACUUGAGGAAAAUUUAUCAGUAGAUAUAAGAUUUUUAGACUUUGCCAAAGCCUUUGACUCUGUUGCACAUAAGAGACUAUUAUUAAAACUACAAUCUUAUGGGAUCCAAGAACAAUUAUUAUAUGAUACAAAAAUUAUUUCAGUCAUUAAUACAGUCGAAGAUAGUCGAACGUUACAACAAGACUUAUGUAAGUUGUUUGAAUGGAGUGAAAAAUGUACAUUCGAUAUGAUUCAGCAAAAUGCUUUAGUUAUGGAAGAAACCACGUUAGAGAGUGAUCUUGUUGUAAUGAUAUCAAACGACGUCAAAUGGGAAAAGCAUAUUAACACAAUUGCGGCAAAAGCUAAUAGAAAGCUCGGUCAGAUAAAUAAAUCUUUUUUGCGAUUAGAUAAAAUUUCAAUGAAACAUUUGGACACGUCAUUGGUUCGUCCACACCUGGAGUUUGCGGUGCCGGUAUGA